UUUUUUUUCUUACUGCACACUUGCUUGUUUGCACUCCACUCCCUCUUCUCUCUCUCCUCUCUUAUCCUUCAUUCCUCCAGCUGCAGUACACUUGAAAUCGACAUUCCUCUCCCUCCCUCAACAGCUGAUUCCCUCUUCAUUUUGUAAUGGCCCCUCCAUCCUCCAAAAGAACUGCGAUCGCCUCGGUCAAAUACCAUGUCCAGCAAUGGGUCAACCUCGUCCUCGACAACUCCAUCUAUCAGAACCUCGUUCUCCUCUAUCUCUAUCGUGUCUUCAAGUUCAUCUAUGGCCUUUUUAACAAAUCCACGGAGCUCUCGCGUAUUUGCGGCGCCAAUAACUGGCCCACCCCACUGGAUGCGCUCUGGGACGACGACGGCAAUGUCACCUCGAGCCUCGUCAACGAAAAGAAUCUCGGGACUAUCGCAUACUCCUCUGCCGCCACCGCAGUCCAUCUCCAUGUCCGUAGUCAUACUGGACUUGGUCCCGCUGGCUGGGGAAGACGUGGUAGCAUGCAGAGUGGGCAAAACACAGCUUCAUCAGCAGCAGCGGUGACAGGCACUACGGCAGCAAGGAGGACCAUUAGGACUUCGGAUGAUUCAGAACGCUCAACACAAUCGUUUCAUGACUCUGGAACGGAUGUGGAGGAGCGCAAUCUUGUCCAUAGCUCCGGUUUGUUCAUGCCGUCGUCAGUGACUACGACUGUGGAGGAUAGUCAAGAGCUGUCGUCGUCCUCGACGACUUCGCUUGUGGAUGAUCAUGCAACGGAAUUGAGGCACCGUAAGAAGAGGAGUGUGUCCAUGGCGAGCAGCAUCAGCAGCAGCAAUAGCUUGGCAGACCGUACCAAAAUGGAUCUGAGACAAUCAAGAGCCGCGGCUGGCAUGGUGUACAGAAUCGAUCGAUGCAUUCUUUUUUCAAAGCAGCUUACGUUGGAGAGACGUGAGUUGGAGGCGGCCGAAUGCGACCCAGUCCAGAUUAUACACCAAAUUCUUCGCAAGAAGCGGUUCCCCGACGGAGGAUCGCCCAAUACACCCGCGGCAAGGAAACUGCAGUAUGCACUGGAGAAGGUGGCAUCGACACAUCAGCUCGCACGGGAAAUCAACCAACGCGCUCAUACCAAGUACGAUUCCACGAAUCCCGCCCAUGAGCGGAAAUUAAUGCUGCUCUGGGACCUUCUUCAACCUCAGGAAAAGCUCAAGAGUCGAUACACGAAGCAGUGGACAGAGAUUGGGUUCCAGGGCAAGGACCCAGCAACGGACUUCAGGGGCAUGGGCAUGCUUGGACUGGACGAUUUGAUUUAUUAUGCGAGAUAUUACCCUCAGUCGGCAAGACACGCAUUAGAGUGCUCACAUGAUGAGAAAUCUUGGUAUUCGUUCGCGAUUGUCGGUAUCAAUAUCACAGCGUUUGCGGUGCAAACUCUGCGGACUAGACAGCUGCAGUACUUUUUGUUUCUGAACGGCACAGAUCGAUCCAUUUAUCAUGAGCUAUAUUGCUAUUUGUUCCAUCGGUUCAAUGGAUAUUGGACAACACUGGAUCCGAAGCCGAGCAUUAUGGACUUUGAGAGGGUGUUUGCGGAUUUCAAGAUUAUGAUGGAGCGACAGUUAGCACGGCGCAAGCUGAUGAUGAUGAGAUACGAUACGAAGGAGAGCUUGGAUGACCAACAUCUCCGUCGUGGCCCUGCUGAGGAGAAGAGCAGUGACGGCGAGGCGGUUGAGUUGGAGACGAAAAAGGCAAAAUGAGGUGGACCCGAGGAGAGGGUCUCCGAAUAGGGAUGGAUGGUCACUAGGGGAGGGUGGUUUCCUCUGGUGAUGAUAGAUAGAGAGAUUGAAUAGAAGACAGAAGGAAGUUGAAAAAAAAGAAGUAUUAAACACGACUCUUUCAACAAAAACCAAGAAAACCAAGAAAAAAAAAGAAGGCUGGGUGUGAACAAGAAGGCAUGGAGACAGGGCAACUGGUGGUUUGGAUUGAAGUACACUAUCUACAUAGUAGAAAGUGAAGCUUGAUGCAAGGUUCAGGUUCAGAAAUAAACGGGAUAUUUUUAUCGCUCUUCGGCUGGGCUGGGCUGGGCUGGGCUGGGCUGGGCUGGGC